AUGUCAGCGCAGGCAGAGAAGCUAGAACUUGAAGAGCUUGACAAAACUUUGCUAAAGAAGAAUGAACCCAAACCUCUGGGCAAGUACGAGAGAAUAAUCCAGCCAUGUGUUGCCGAGCUGGUGGGCACAACAUUUUUUGUCUUUAUCGGCUGCGUGUCUGUCAUUGAAAAUGUGGAGGCAGCAGGACGACUACAGCCUGCGCUUGUCGGAUCACAUUUUAACCCUCCAUUCACCAUUGCUAUCUGGUUAUGUGGUGGAAUUCAGCUGGCGAUGGUUAUUCCCUACCUUAUCAGUCAGCUUAUCGGAGGUGUGCUGGGAGCUGCAAUGUCAAAGGUUAUGACAUCACGCGAGAACUACAUGAAUGCUACCGGAGCGGCCUUUACUAUUCUUAAAUCUGAUGAGCAGCUGGGGAAAGUUGUGUUUGCUGAAAUGGCCAUGACGUGUCUAGUAACUAUGGUAGUGCUGCUGGGAGCUGUCAAUGGAAAGAGCAAAAGUCCCCUGGUGCCCUUCAUGGUGGGCUGCACUGUUAUCGUCAAUAUUCUGGCAGGAGGAGACGUUUCUGGCACCUGUUUGAAUCCUGCAAGAGCUUUUGGACCUGCAUUGAUGGCUAACUACUGGACUUAUCAUUGGGUUUACUGGGUCGGUCCUAUAGGGGGAGGUCUGGUGGCGGCUGCUCUUGUGAGACUUCUGCUUGGAGAUGAGAAGAUACGAGUUAUACUGAAAUGAUAUUGGAGCACCUCAGCGUGUCAAAACCUCUCAAUUCAUGAUGCCAUCCUUACUUUUAAACAGUCUGAAUAUUUCAUAUGUCUAACCUAACAGCACAUAUUGCAUUUAAAACUGUGAAUUAGUGUAUUUGAGUUUUAUAAAAAAUUAC